AAAAUGAUACAGAAUUAAUAGGCAGUAUCUAUAUAGACAACUCUUUUCUAAUAAAUGAUAAUAUCAAUGAUUUUCAUAUUGAACCAGAAAAACCAGAAAGUUCAUAUAAUAUUAAUAAAGUUGAUAAUCUAGAAACCGAUGAAUCCUUACAAGCAGAGUUGGUUGUUAGCAACAAGUCUUCUUUACUUCUUAUAAAAUGUAUUGUAAGCAAUAAAGAUUUAUAA